UAUGUUCCUUGCCAGUUUUUACAAUUUGUUAGAUACUAAUUUAAGAGUAAUAAAAUAAAUAAUUAGAAUAGUAAAUAUUGUUUAACCCCAAAAACCGUGUCCCCAACCCACUCCAUAAGGUCUGUAACCCCAUCCGAGCCCUGUGAAUCCUGGGUAAUAAGGCCUGUAUAACCCUACGCCGACACCACCCCAUCGAGUUCUCCCCCAAGCGCCCCAUCCAGGUCUGCCCCAACCGCCCCAUCCUCUUCCAUAACCGCCAUACCGUCCCCACCUGCUCUCCUCCGUCUCCAAAUCGUUGGCUUUCAAGUCAUGAUCCUUAUUAUUCGCAUUAACAUUGGACAAUUGCUCUGUUAAAUCGUUUGUUGGGUGUGUCAAUGUUAGCGUAAAAAUGCACACAAGAAGAAUAAAUACCUGCAAUAAUAAUUGUUUUAAUUCCAGCUGAGUAAUUGUUCAUAAUAAUAAAAAGUUUUUUUUUACUAAAAAUAUGUAAUUAUAAAAAGGCUUGCGGCAUUGACACUUUUCAAGGUGAAACGAAGAUUUUGAACUUACAAUUUUUUACUAGAUAAUAAUUAUGUAACAUAAUAGGAUAAAAAGAGUAGUGUAUAGCAUAUUGUCUGUGGGAUUGAAGAAAAAAAGUUAAAGUACUCGCUACUUACACAGAAUAUAUUCGACAUAUUUAUCGCUGGAAACCAGAAGAGCUUUUGAAAAUGUCGCAAACUUAUUUGACGAUUUGAUAAAUGCAGUCCCUUAUAUAGACAUUUCAUCUUAUUAUUGUUGUUUUUUGUAAUUAGUGGCUGUUAAAAAAUGGAAAUUCCACUGUGUACUCAGAGAGGUCGUCGAUAUAAUAGAGAUAAACCUCCUCAUAACUGAUGCUAUGCCAAAAUUGAACUUUUUAUCUAUUAUUUUUAAGUCAAUUUACUACUUGAAAUAAUAAUGUUUAGCUAUUAAAUUAUUAUUAUUAUAAUCCUAUUUGGUACCACAGUUUUUUGUAAUUAACAAACAUAUUCUUUGAGCGCAAACAACGGAAAAUGUAUUCUAAGUUUUGUUUACAUCGGUGCACUCGAAGUAAUUGAUGCUUUGUACCGUCGUAUAUUGUUUAUCGGAUGUUACCCAUUUAAAUUUUAAUACGAAUGUUUGUAUUCAUAAGAGGCAGGUAAUUUUCUCCAUAAGAAAAUACGUCUAAUUAAGAUGAAGGUACUAAACGCGUCAGAACUGGUGCUGACGUUAUUCGAAAUCUGGAGCUAUAUAAGCGGCAAUAGUUUUACCUGCUAUCGUUAGUCAACACUUCUUCGCUGUCGAAUUAAGUAUUCCGAAAAAAACAGAAAAUUUUCAAAAUGAUGAAGGAAAUCAUCAUAUUGGGCAUGCUCUGCGCCUUCGUCUAUGCAUUACCACCCCACGUUCCCAUUCCUGACCGCCUACAAGCCCUAGUACAAGCCCCCAUCGAAAGUGACCUGGAAACUGCCGCCUCCGCUCAUCACGGUUACGGAGGUGGUUACGGAGGUGGUUACGGAGGAGGAUACGGUGGAUACGGUGGAUACGGCGGACACGGUGGAUACGGAGGAUACGGCGGACAUGGCUACGGACACGGCGGACAUGGAUACGGCCACGGGCACGGACAUGGACACGGACACGGACACGGACACGGGGGUUGGUAAUAAUAAACGAGUCAAAAUUGAUGAGUAGGUUCCAUUUGGAACAUCUAUGUAGGUAUUAGUGAGAUUUUUGUAUUAUUUGUGAACGUUAUUUAUACCAACUUACUUAAUUGUUAUUAAAAUGUAUUAUAUACA